AUGGGGAAGAUGGCGGCUGCGGUGGUUUCAUUAGCCACGCUGGCGACUGAACCCAAAGAGGACGCUUUCCGGAAGCUUUUCCGCUUCUACCGGCAGAGCCGGCCGGGGACAGAAGACCUGGCAGCGGUCAUCGACUUCUCAGAGGCGCACGUGGCUCGGAGCCCGAAGCCCGGCGUGCCCAAGGUGGUCAGAUUUCCUCUGAAUGUGUCCUCUGUGACUGAGCUUGACACCUGUAGGGCAGGACUUCAACCUGUGAGCAAGUGGCAGGCCUACGGACUCGAAGGCUAUCCUGGGUUUAUUUUUAUUCCAAAUCCCUUCCUUCCGGGAUGCCAGUGGCACUGGGUAAAGCAGUGCCUUAAGUUGUACUCCCAGAAGCCUAAUGUAUGUAACCUGGACAAGCACAUGAAUAAAGAAGAGACCCAAGGUCUGUGGGAACAGAGCAAAGAGUCCCUAAGGUCUAAAGAAAUGAAUAAACGGAGACCCCGAAGUUUACUAGAGAGACUGCGCUGGGUCACCCUGGGCUACCAUUAUAACUGGGACAGUAAGAAAUACUCAGCAGAUCAUUAUACACCUUUCCCUUCUGACCUGGCUUUCCUCUCAGAGCAAGUCGCCAGUGCCUGUGGAUUUCAGGGUUUCCGGGCAGAAGCAGGUAUCCUGAAUUACUACCGCCUAGACUCCACACUAGGAAUCCACGUGGAUAGAUCUGAACUAGAUCACUCCAAACCCUUGCUGUCCUUCAGCUUUGGACAGUCUGCCAUCUUUCUCCUGGGUGGCCUCAAGAGAGAUGAAGCCCCCACAGCAAUGUUUAUGCACAGUGGUGACAUCAUGGUAAUGUCGGGUUUCAGCCGCCUGUUAAAUCAUGCAGUCCCUCGAGUCCUUCCACAUCCUGAUGGGGAGUGCCUGCCUCGCUGCCUGGAGACUCCUCUCCCGGCUGCCCUCCCGAGCAAUUCAUUGGUUGAACCAUGUUCUGUGGAGGACUGGCAGGUGUGUGCCACCUACUUGAAAACUGCUCGAGUUAAUAUGACUGUUCGUCAGGUACUGGCCACAGGCCAGGACUUUCCUUUAGAACCCAUGGAGGAGACAAAAAGAGACAUUACUGCAGAUGGUUUGUGCCAUCUGCAUGACCAGAAUAGCCCAGUAAAGCGGAAGAGGUUAAAUCCUAACAGCUAGAACUAAGGGCCUGUAUUCUCUACUCGGGCAGGCUUUUGUUGCCACACCUGGACAGGAAGAAGUCAUCUGUCUGCUGCUGCCUUGGGCCAUCUCAGCAUGAACUGAUUAGAGUUUGUCCAGAGAAGUGUCCUACUCGGUCCAGUUCUAAGCUCUUAGGAGAAGGUGUGUGUGUUUAUCAGUAUAAUGAUCCACACAGACAUAAGCAUCUGGGGGAAGUGAGUUCUGUGUCUAUACUGAGUCAACACCUCGUUGCUUGUUAACAGGCAAUAGUGUCUUCUCCCAGCACUGCGAUCUGUUAACCAGAAUUCCUAACUCCUAGUCAUCAAAUUCUUUGGCUCUUCGCUCUUCUCUGCUCUCACAGAGAAAUCUUAAACAGACGAAGACAAGAUUAAAGUGUCCCUUAGGAGCCACAAUUGUCACUUGAUGGGAAGAGCACAUGCCUACUGUGCUCUAAGCCCUGGGUUCAAUAUGAGUUCAAUGAGUGUCACAUAAGUCAGGUGUAAUAAGCGCCUGUUUGCUAUGCACUCCAAGGGUAGAAGAUGAGAUGGUCAAGGCCUUCCUGCAUCUCUAGACUUUUCCUAGUAGGCUUUUGUUUUAAAUGACUAAAAGUCUUUAGGGUGUUUCGUAAGCUGUUUCCUCCAUGAAUAGACCUACUCUAUUUUAAGUUAAAGAUCUGUGUCUGCCUUUGAGGAUUGCUGUAUCAGGGAUUGACUUCCUCAUUUUGCGUUAUAUCUUCAUGCUAUUGAAGUCUCUAGCUACUUCACCCCUAAGUAUUGUGUUGUGCGGUGAGAAUGUUCCUUGGCCGACUAGUCACUGAUGUCAAAAAUACCCUGUCAUCUUAAUGGGGAAGUCUUGGUGCUCCUUUCUAGAAACUGGGUGUGCAUGUGAAUUUGGGAGACAGGGACUAGCUGGAAACCACUGUGCUGUAUGCUGCCUGCAGUGUUCAAUUUCCAUCUUUCUCUGCCCUGUCCCCCCCACUCCCUUUAUUUAUCUGCACUUGAUCAUUGGGUUUGUGUGAUACAGUGGGUAUGGAAUUUUUAAUAAGGAAAACAAUUAAUACUAACCCCUUAUAUAAUCUGGAUUCUAAAAUUAGUGCAAUUUUUAGGAAAUUUUUAUGUAACUCGCCUUUGGGAAAUACUCCGUAACUUUUCUUUGAUAGAAGUUCAUUAAAUUUAACCCACGUGAAACCAACAA